AUUCCCGGUCUCCUGCUGCCUGGCCCUUACAACGAUGGUUUCUUCGACAUGGACGAUGCAGCGCGCCUGUCUGCCAUCUACAGCAGCAUGUACGUGGCCCGGCGGUACCUGUACGAGAUGGAGUGGGACGCUGUGCUGGAGGAGGGGACCCACUCCAGCCUCGCUGCCAACAUCACCGCCUGUCGGCACCAACUGCAAACGUUCAUAACAGCCAUCAAUGUCACGAUAGACGUGCUUGAUGUGCAACAUCCCGGCAGACCCUCAUACGUCAUGGAACCGGAUAUGCAGGACCCGCCCUCCGAGUACCUGCGUCAUAUCCGGGACUUCCUGGUACUGCGAGACUUCAGGGUUGCUGUCGAAAACAGCUACCAUCAUUUAUAUUUCAUGUAUGAUAAAUAUGCAUGGCAAGACUAGACACAAAUGGUAGCACCUAUGGUGCCUACAGAUGUUAAAGAAUAUGCGAAUCCUUCCAGUGGUUCUCCUAGUAUUAUGCUCCGAGAGCACGGUUAUUUAUACACGUAUGCAUUAAAUGCAUCUUUUGACUAGAUUAUCAAACUACAUAACGUAGCAUCUAUUACUAUGUGUUUCUGAAGGGUAUUUCCAACGUAUUUAUGCCUGUAUUUUGUUGUAUGGCUUAAUUAUACGUGUUAAACACAUUUAUAAGUUGUAAAUUUUGGCACCGUCUCCUGGUAGAUAUUUGCACAUAAGUAUUCGUACUUUGCCAAGAUAAAAGAAUGAGAUAUUGAGAUUUCUAACGUUAGAAGGAAAUGAGCUCGUGGGUCAAUGUAUAACUACAAUGUACUUGUAAUGAGUGCAAUGUCAAAUGUGAGGAACUGUACCA